GGUGCUGGGGGGUGUGGAAGGGGGGAGUCACGACCUCUGGCUCUCGGCAUUCCCGGUGGAUAAAUGAGGUGCAGGGAGGGAGUUGCUCUGAGGAUGAUGCCCGGCUCUGUCGGCAGGCAGAUCCCAGUUCCCAUGCCGUGCUUCCCUUUGCCGAGUGGGAUUUUCAAUGGCUGCAGGAAGAGUUUGCUGUUCCCUCCUGAGCUUGUGAUGCCUGUCUCCCUGGAUAUGCACUUUUCCUGAAAUCCCCUUCUGGGAGAGAAGGAUGCGCAGCGGCUGGACCACAUGCCAUGAGGUGAGUGCUGUGCCUGCUGAACUUCCCGGGACCUGCCAGCCAUGCCAGGGAUUGUCGUGUUCCGCCGGCGCUGGUCUGUGGGCAGCGAUGACCUGGUUCUGCCAGCCGUCUUCCUCUUCCUCCUUCACACCACCUGGUUUGUGAUUCUCUCGGUGGUGCUCUUCGGGCUGGUGUACAAUCCCAACGAGACGUGCUCCCUGAACCUGGUGGACCACGGCCGGGGCUAUCUGGGAAUCCUGCUGAGCUGCAUGAUCGCCGAGCUGGCCAUCAUCUGGCUGAGCAUGCGCGGGAGCAUCCUGUACACGGAGCCGCGGGAUUCCAUGCAGUACGUCCUCUAUGUCCGACUGGCGAUCCUGGUGAUUGAGUUUGUGUACGCCAUCGUGGGCAUCGUGUGGCUGACACAGUACUACACCUCCUGCAACGACAUCACAGCCAAGAGUGUCACCCUGGGAAUGGUGGUGUGCAACUGGGUGGUGAUCCUGAGUGUGUGCAUCACUGUGCUGUGUGUCUUUGAUCCCACGGGACGCACCUUCGUCAAGCUCCGUGCCACCAAGCGCCGGCAGCGCAACCUAAGGACCUACAAUCUAAGACACCGCCUGGAAGAGGGACAAGCCAGCAGCUGGACACGCAGGCUCAAAGUGUUCCUUUGCUGCACACGGACAAAGGACUCCCAGUCGGAUGCCUACUCCGAGAUCGCCUACCUUUUUGCGGAAUUUUUCCGAGACUUGGACAUCGUCCCCUCCGACAUCAUUGCAGGGCUGGUUCUUCUGCGGCAGCGGCAGCGGGCCAAGCGCAAUGCCGUGCUGGAUGAGGCAAACAAUGACAUUUUAGCUUUCCUGUCUGGAAUGCCAGUGACCAGGAACACCAAAUACCUGGAUUUGAAGAAUGCGCAAGAGAUGCAGCGGUACCGGGAGGUGUGUUACUACAUGCUCUUUGCCUUGGCUGCCUAUGGAUGGCCCAUUUACCUCAUGAGGAAGCCCACAUGUGGACUCUGCCGCCUGGCCAGAUCCUGCUCAUGUUGCUGCCUGUGCCCGUCGCGCCCACGCUACGCUCCCGGUGUCACCAUCGAGGAGGACAAUUGCUGUGGCUGCAACGCCAUCGCCAUCCGGCGCCACUUCCUGGACGAGAACAUGACCUCUGUGGACAUCGUCUACACUUCCUGCCACGAUGCUGUUUAUGAAACCCCUUUCUAUGUGGCUGUGGACCACGACAAGAAGAAGGUGGUCAUUAGCAUCCGGGGAACUCUGUCCCCAAAGGAUGCCCUGACGGAUCUGACGGGGGACGCGGAGCGCCUGCCAGUUGAGGGGCACCAUGGAACAUGGCUGGGACACAAGGGAAUGGUGCUGUCUGCUGAGUACAUCAAGAAGAAGCUGGAGCAGGAGAUGGUGCUGUCCCAAGCUUUUGGGCGGGAUUUGGGAAGAGGAACAAAACACUACGGCCUGAUUGUGGUUGGCCAUUCCCUUGGAGCUGGCACAGCUGCCAUCCUGUCCUUCCUGCUGCGUCCCCAGUAUCCAUCCCUGAAGUGCUUUGCUUAUUCCCCCCCAGGUGGGCUGCUCAGUGAGGAUGCCAUGGAGUAUUCCAAGGAGUUUGUGACUGCAGUGGUGCUUGGCAAAGAUCUGGUGCCCAGGAUUGGGCUCUCUCAGCUGGAGGGAUUUCGCCGGCAGCUUCUGGAUGUUCUCCAAAGAAGCACCAAACCAAAGUGGCGGAUCAUUGUGGGGGCUACCAAGUGCAUUCCCAAAUCCGAGCUUCCCGAGGAGCCAGAGGAGAACUCAGUGACGAGUAACCGGCUCUGGACGCAUCCCAGUGACCUGACCAUCGCCCUGAGUGCCAGCACCCCUCUGUACCCCCCCGGCCGCAUCAUCCACGUGGUGCACAACCACCCUGCUGAGCAGUGCUGCUGCUGUGAGCAGGAGGAUCCCACCUACUUUGCCAUCUGGGGGGACAACAAGGCCUUCAACGAGGUCAUCAUCUCCCCAGCCAUGCUGCAUGAACACCUGCCCUACGUGGUCAUGGAAGGGCUCAACAAGGUCUUGGAGAACUACAACAAGGGGAAAACAGCUCUGCUUUCUGCAGCCAAAGUGAUGGUGAGUCCUACGGAAGUGGAUCUCACCCCAGAGCUGAUAUUCCAGAGCCAGCCCUUGCCCAGCUGUCCCUCUGUGCAGAUCGGAACUGGAGCCAUCCCAGCGGACAGAAGGAACAGCAGUACCAAGAGCAAAUCCCAUUCAGAAAUCAGCCUGGAGGGAUUCUAUGAGACAAAGCCACUUUCUCCCGUGCAGAAGGACCCCGUGGAGCUGCUUCUCCUGGACACUAAGGAACGUCUCUCCGUGGAGCUCCAGGACCGCCGUGCUCCUCUGGCCACCAUGGAGAGCCUCUCAGACAACGAAUCCAUCUACAGCUUCGAUUCCCGGCGCUCCUCUGGUUUCCGGAGUAUCCGGGGCUCCCCCAGCCUCCAUGCGGUCAUGGAGAAGGACGAGACGCACUGCUUUUAUAUAGACCCCGUUAUCCCUGAGGAAAACCCAUCCCUCAGCUCCCGGACAGAGCUGCUGGCUGCUGACAGCCUCUCCAAGCAUUCCCAGGAGACGCAGCCUCCGGAAAACGUCCUCAACAGCGGCGGCACCACCCCCCAGCGCCGCUGCAGCGCCGAGGGCACCGGGAGCGACGGGGAGCGCGCGUCCUCGUCCCCUCGGGAAGAGCCGCCGCUCCACAACGGCCGCCUGGCCGACGUUCCCAGUCCCCAGGUGCUGGAAUUCGCCGAGUUCAUCGACAGCCUCUUCAACCUGGACAGCAAAAGCAGCUCCUUCCAGGACAUUUACUGCAUGAUGGUGUCGGACAGCUCCAGCGACUUUGCGGAGAUGCCCAAAUCCGUCAGCGACCAGGAGAUCCUGCUGAGGGCACAGUACGAGCCCAACUUAGUCCCAAAGCCCCCGAGGUUGUUUGCGGGCUCGACGGAUCCUUCGUCGGGAAUCUCCGUGUCACCCUCCUUCCCCCUUAGCUCAUCCGGAGAACUCAUGGAUAUCACUCCCACGGGUGUGAGCAGCCAGGAAUGCCUGGCCACGGAUAAAAUCCGGACUUCCACCCCCUCCGGACAUGUAACCAGCCCUGCCAAGCAGGACGACCUCAUGAUUUCGGCCCUUUAGUGCAGGGGAAAGGGGU